GGGUAUCUGUUGUUUCCAAAUCAAUUACGGAUCUAUUUUCUGGUGUCGAUGCUCUGUUUACUUUGAGAGGUAGACCAUCGCUGCUAGUCUUUAGUCUGACUACUUCGUCUGCUACUUCUUCAAAGGACGGACGUUGA